AUGAAGGCUGGCAGAAUGUCAGCACCCAAACCAGCUGCCAAGGAGACGUCCCCAAGCAGCUCAGACUCUACAUUUUCUGACAUUCCGUCCCCAACACCUGCUCACUCUCCACCACAACAAAUCACCCCACAACCCUCUCCUAGGCAACAACAAGGAGAGGGACAGAAAGACAAGGAAGCAGCAUCUGCUGCAGAGACAUCAGUGGCUGAGCAAGAGAAAGCAAAGACAACAGGCCCCAGGCAUAUCAAUCUGGAAGGUCCUCUGUCAUUUCCUGUCAUCUGUCCUGAUACAUCUGGGGACGAAGCUCUUGCCAGAGCUUUGGCAGAAGAAGAAGGGAUGGAAAUUCCUUCACUGAUGGAGGAACAAGCUGUGACCAUGCCCUUAUCAUCCAGACCACCAGUGGAUGAACCCAGCACAACACCCGUUGUGCCUUUUGCUGUUGGUAAUAGCCAGCAGAAGAAGCAACCUAUUUCCUCCCCUACUGCAGCAAUCCCCAUCGCAGCUAGAAGAAAAUCACAAAUUGGGAUUGCUGAAAUCUUUGAAAUGCUGGGGGAGAAAUUAGAAAAACGGUUGCCAACCAAGAAGUCUGUUCCCCAACUUGACAUGACAAGCACCAAUGCAGAGCUGCAGGCUCUAAGGGACGGACUAGCACAACUCUCUUAUGCCUUCAACACCUUUCAGGAACAGCAGAAGGAGGAGAGAGAACAACAGCUCAGCACCAUAAAAGCAGCCAUCAAGGAAGCCAGUGCUGCACCCUAUGAAUCAACACUCCAAGGAGAAAUUGCUAAAACAGCUAACUCCCUAAUCCUUUCCAACUCUCUGCGCAACCACACAACAGAGCUCUUACUCAACAAGCUCGUCUACAAACAAGCUGAAGAACGUAAGGAAACCAAAGAAGCCAUCAGGACCUUUGGAACGUACCUGGAAAGGAGAAUUUAUGAGUUGGAAAUGAGACUGCUGGAUGUUGAAAAACAAGUCAUCCAUUUUCACACUGGCAGAACCAUGAUGAGAUCCACCAUCAACUCCCUGGUUGCAAUCAUCAGCGAUCUACUGAAGGAUGCUGAGAAAUGGCUCCCUGCACAUGAAGUCCUCAGAUUAAAAGAUUUGCUCAGGAGGAGACCAUUGACACAGGAGGAGAUUGAUGAAGCCAAGGAAGCUGAAGCUGCAAAGAGGAACCCUUGGGACAGGAGACCUCCACAAUGA